AUGGCAACGCCACACUUCCGGUUCGUACAGCCAACAGCCGGAACUCGCGGCGGCCCGCUCUCCAGAGAAGGGUACGCAAGAGCCACUAAAAGUGCUAAGAAGGCACAAGAUCAUGGAGACCUACUGACCAAUCCCAAUGAGAUUGAUGAGAAAACUGCCAAAGAGCACAAGGUCAAAAAGACCAUAAAAUACAGCCCUACACCCAGGCCCCAACCCCCGAUCCUGGGUCCCAAUUUCCUUGAUCAACUGCACCAAAGAAACUCCAUGCCCAGUACUGGGUCCUUCCCUUCCACAGUGCCCCAAGGGGGCUCAAGCCCUGGCCCCCCCCAGCCAGGGCCAGAGCCAGAGCCGGACCCAGAUCCCCCCAAGAAGAAGAGGAAGAAGAAAUACCUUCGUCAUGACAAGCCUCCCUACACCUACCUGGCCAUGAUAGCCCUGGUGAUCCAAGCUGCCCCAGCUCGGAGGCUCAAACUGGCCCAGAUCAUUCACCAGGUUCAAGCCCUGUUCCCCUUCUUCAAGGAUGACUAUGAAGGGUGGAAGGAUUCUAUCCGGCACAACCUCUCCUCCAACAGAUGCUUCCAUAAGGUGCCCAAGGACCCAGAAAAGCCACAGGCCAAAGGGAAUUUUUGGGCAGUGGAUGUGAACCAGAUCCCUACUGAGGCCCUUCGAUUGCAAAACACAGCUGUGGCCCGUCGAGGGGAGAGGGGUGGUCAGGGCAAAGCCUUUGCCAAAGACCUGACCCCCUAUGUUCUCCAUGGCUGGCCCUACCGGCCCCCGAGCCCCAGCCUAGCCAUUGACUCCUUCAGUAUUGAUUCCUUGCUUGGGGAUAUUCCAGAAGGGCCCCAACCACCACGACCUUCCUCCUCUUCCUCCUCUUCCUCUUCUUCCUCUUCCACUUCAGAGCUGGUGUCUUGGCCCCCUCCCUCAGAGGGGGGACUCUGGCCCCUUUGGCCUAUCUCUCUCCUGCAGGGUACUUCAACCCAGGCAGGGCUGUUGGGAACCUCUGGGGGAUCCCAGUGCCCUCCUCCCCUUUCAUCUGAGCAGGGCUCCUGGCCUCUCCUUCCUCUUCCUAUGAUUCAGGGUACUUCAAGCCAGGUACAGCUAUCAGGAGGUACCAGGGUUCCCCUUUGGGGGCAGCUGCCCACAUCAUACUCUCCUAUAUACACCCCAAAUGUGGUGAUGCCCUUGGCACAGCUCUCACCCCAAACUUGCCCUCAGUGUCUUCCCUCUUCAGGUCCUUCCUACUGGGGGCUAACACCCAAGGCCACAGGUCCCACUGGUUCCUUAGGGGACCUGGAUGCUCUCUUCCAGGCAGUGCCACCUAACAAGAGCAUCUAUGAUGUGUGGGUCACUCAUCCCUUGGAUCUGGUAUCUCCUAAUUCCAGGGGUUCUACCCCAGGGACACUACUCACCUGGUACAACGUAUGA